UUUCGCAUUAAAGCCUUUAAACCCUAGAAGGUAUUGGAGUUUCGCUCCAAUUCGCCCCUGACCUCCCCCCGCUCGUAGACUGCUCCUCCUUCUGCCGCCGAUCAACAGCAAUGGUGAAGUACUCGAGGGAGCCUGAUAAUCCAACCAAGUCCUGCAAGGCCAGGGGCUCGGAUCUAAGAGUUCAUUUCAAGAACACGAGAGAGACAGCCCAUGCCAUCCGGAAAAUGCAGUUGGGAAAGGCCAAAAGUUACUUGGAAGAUGUUUUGGCUCACAAGCAAGCCAUUCCCUUCCGCCGCUUUUGCCGUGGUGUUGGUCGUACUGCUCAGGCGAAGAACCGCCAGUCGAAUGGUCAAGGACGCUGGCCGGUUAAGUCUGCUAAUUUCAUUCUUGAUUUGCUCAAGAAUGCUGAGAGCAAUGCUGAAGUGAAAGGGCUGGAUGUGGAUUCACUUUAUGUCUCUCACAUCCAGGUCAACCAGGCUCAGAAACAGAGACGCCGCACAUAUCGUGCUCAUGGAAGAAUAAAUCCUUAUAUGUCAUCUCCCUGCCAUAUCGAGUUGGUUUUGUCAGAGAAAGAAGAGCCAGUGAAGAAAGAGCCUGAAACUCAAUUGGCUCCCAGGAAAUCAAGGAAAGGCCAAGCACUACACAGCGGUGCUUCUUCUUGAAUUGUUUGGUUUAAAGAGUUUAUGGUCAUUCUGAUCCUAGAUCAUCCACUCUAUCUUUUCCUAGAAUGUCUCAGUUUUCAGAUAUCUGUUAUUUGUAGUUGAGAAUUCUGUCACCGAAUAUUUGUUCAACAAUUUUGCUUUUCAGUGUCUGGGUGAGACUUUAAGCCUUUCUUUUUCUGAGUAGAAUAAUUUUCUAUUGGGAAUUUGUAGUGAUUUCGAAAAUUGAAGCUAAUUAAUUAAUGAGAAGUUUGGUUUUCUUGAGAA